AUGGCCGCGGUGGUGGCUGCCGCUCGUGUUCUGUCUGAGGCGGCUCUGACGGGCGGGCUGCGGGCGUUGCGGGGCGGCGGCGGCGGGUGCCGGCGCUGGAAGCGGGGCGGCGCCUGGGCGCUGUCGGGGCGGACGUGGAGCUCGGGGUCUCCUCCGGGGGUCCCUCCUCAGGCGAAGGCGGCGGGGCCGGGGCUGACCGGAGCCGUCCUGAGGGAGGUCGCCCAGCAGCAGCAGCAGCAGCAGAAGUCAACAGGAGAAGAAGAUGGGAAAGGCUCUGAUGAACAACAAGAAAAGACAAAAAAGCAGAACCCCACCUAUACAAAGAGACUGCUGCAGAUAGUAGGCCUUCUCGGAGCUGGCAACGGCGUAGCAAUUAUCUACAUCUUUGGUCGUAAUUCAGUGGAUGAAAAUGGUGUGAAGAUUCCUGAUGAAUUUGAUAACGAUGUGGUGAUCCUUCAACAGCUGCGAAGGUCAUACAAGUAUUUCAAAGAUUAUAGCCAGAUGAUCAUGGAGCCCACCAGCCCUAAGUUGCUGCCGGAUCCCUUGAAGGAACCGUAUUACCAGCCGCCUUACACCCUGGUCAUCGAACUCACCGAUGUCCUGCUGCACCCUGAAUGGUCGUUAGUGACCGGCUGGCGCUUUAAAAAAAGGCCGGGCAUCGACAACCUCUUCCAGCAGUUGGCUCCUCUCUACGAAAUCGUCAUUUUCACCUCGGAAACGGGCAUGACAGCUUUCCCCCUCAUCGACAGCGUGGAUCCCCACGGCUUCAUCUCCUAUCGGCUCUUCCGAGACGCCACGCGCUAUAUGGACGGGCAUCAUGUGAAGGACAUCUCCUGCCUGAACAGGGACCCGUCCAAGGUGGUGGUGGUGGAUUGCAAGAAGGAGGCCUUCCGCCUGCAGCCCUUCAACGGCCUGGCCCUCAAGAAGUGGGACGGGAACUCCGACGACCGCACCCUCUUCGACCUGUCGGCCUUCCUCAAAACCAUUGCCCUGAGCGGAGUGGAAGACGUUCGCUCGGUGCUGGAGAACUAUUCCUUGGAAGAAGAUCCGCUGGAGGCUUUCAAACGCAGGCAGUCCCAGCUGGAGCAGGAGGAACAGCAGCGCCUCUCCGACCUGACGCAGCACAAGAAGCAGCAGCUCUUCCUGGGCUCCCUGGCCAGCCGGCUGUGGCCUCGCUCCAAGCAGCAGUGACCCCGGACCCCCUCAGGACCAGCCGCCCCCAUCCACGAAUGGACCUCUCGGCCGUUCCUGCCCCUCGGACCCUCGGCCUGCGGGGGGGG